UUGAUUUUCUUGUUCUCCUCCUGUGCUUCAUAAAAAGAGGGAGAACUGGCUGGUGCUGUGGACAGAAGAGCUUUAUUUUUAGUAUGAGACAACCUCUAUUUUCUUUCAGGAGAGGGAAGUUGGAUUAUCAAUUCUUUUGUAAAUGUGUAUGGUGAUAUUUGCUCCGCUUUUUGCCAUCUUUGCAUUUGCAACAUGCGGUGGCUAUUCUGGAGCCCUGCGGCUGAGUGUGGACUGUGUCAACAAGACAGAAAGUAACCUCAGCAUCGACAUCGCAUUCGCCUACCCAUUCAGGUUGCACCAGGUGACCUUUGAGGUGCCCACCUGUGAGGGAAAGGAGCGGCAGAAGCUGGCGUUGAUUGGCGACUCCUCAUCCUCUGCAGAGUUCUUCGUCACCGUUGCUGUCUUCGCCUUCCUGUACUCUCUGGCUGCCACUGUCGUUUACAUCUUCUUCCAGAACAAAUACCGAGAAAACAACCGGGGCCCACUCAUUGAUUUCAUUGUCACUGUUGUCUUUUCAUUCUUGUGGUUGGUGGGUUCAUCUGCUUGGGCAAAAGGACUAUCUGAUGUGAAAGUCGCAACAGAUCCUAAGGAAGUGUUGUUACUGAUGUCCGCUUGCAAACAGCCGUCCAACAAGUGCAUGGCCGUCCACAGCCCUGUCAUGUCUAGCUUGAACACAUCUGUGGUGUUUGGAUUCUUGAAUUUCAUCCUCUGGGCUGGAAACAUAUGGUUUGUCUUCAAGGAGACCGGCUGGCAUUCCUCAGGACAGAGAUAUCUUUCGGAUCCCAUGGAGAAGCACUCUAGCAGCUACAAUCAAGGCAGUUACAACCAAGAAAGUUAUGGGUCAAGUGGUGGGUAUAGCCAGCAGGCAAAUCUGGGGCAAUCCUCUGAUGAGUUCGGCCAACAGCCUACUGGCCCUACUUCUUUUACCAAUCAGAUUUAAUCGAGUAGCUUUUGCCUCCUCCUGGAGAAGGAGCCUCACCACCUUCCAUUUUGGUGGCAGAAGAGUUUUUUAAGAGUUUCGAUCAGUUAUUAAUGCAUAAUAGGUUGAAUGUAAAUUGGAGAUCUGUCUUCCUCAUUAAGGCAGAAACGCCUGGGCCCGUGAUAAAUGGUACUUAGAGAAGAGAUGACAUGUGGAGAUACAUUAUUCAUCACAAACGGCUAAUUGGAGAGUACCUUGUUAUAUACAAAGAUACUUUAGGGUCAUUUUGUAUGUGCAUUGAGAUAGUUGGAACAUUUUGUAGCUUAAAGUCUCUAAUAUGUAAUAUGCAUAGAUCCAAUUAAAUAGCAGUGAGUUUUCUGAUGCAUUUGAUGCACAGGACGUUUAAACAAUUCCUAGGAGACAAUUUGGUGUGUCGCAAUGUACCACAACAUGCAUGUAUUAUUACUUUUUAGUUUUAGACCCAGUAGGACUGCGGGUUUCUAUUUGUUUCAAACAGUUUCUCUGUAUUUUUCUCACUUGAUAAACCAAUGCUCAUAUGAUUUAAUGCAUGGAUGAGCAGUUUCUCACACAGUAAACAUUUGGCUGUAUUUAUGAAGACUUUCCAGUUUGCAUCAUGAAUUUGUUCAAUGGAUAUUUAAAGAAAUAUAUUCAUAACUUUGUAUACUUUGCAAAUUUGUCUUUGAUGUUACCCAAGUUCUGAUUGCAUUGUGGGUGGGUUUUUUCCCUAUUAGAAGACAGUGUUACAUAUGGUAACUGUCUAGUAUUUAUCCUAGUUAUUCUGCUAACUAUUUACAUUCUUGUAACUUUCUAUAGUGUUUUGUGGAUCUUCUUCUGUGGACCAUGACUAGCAAGGCCCAAUAACUCUGUGCUUAUGACAUGGUAUUUUAUCAGAACUCUGGAAAUGCAGAGUAGAUAAAAUAGUUCAGAUGCUGAUGUGUUGAAGAAUUAGUCUAGGAAGAGUAUGCAAUAGACCUAUAUGACCAGCCAAUUGUUUAAAACCUAUUUAUUUUCAAGCUAAUUAUUUUCCUCCAUCCAGUUAUUCAAAAUUCUGAUACAUUAAACAAAAUUACUAAUUCUGAAUUGAGUACAACACAUCAAUUAAAAAUGGCUUUGGUAUAUCAGUCUGUAUCCCAGGAGGAUUUCUCCUGAAACAUAUCCUGGAAUGUAUUCAUUCUCAAGAAAAUACCAGUCUUUCUUCUUUAUUUAAUUCAAUUGAAACACCAGGGACCAACAGGAAGGGCAGAAUGAGCAUCUGUAUUUCUAGACAAGAGUUCUGAUCAAUGUACAAACUCAAUGUGUGAUCUGUGAUCUCCGAAGCAUUAUAGCACAAAACAGCCUUGUCUUUGAUGAUAUCUGUAAUCAAAUCAGUUUCUUGA